UAGCUGUAACAAUUUAUGAUUCAAAAUGAAAUUUUUGAGAGAAGUAAAUAUACUUAAAUUACCAAAUAUAUCGGUGGGCUUUAUUUGCGGUUUAUUUGAAAGUAUUGUGAGAUUAGGAAUCCUUGUUUUCUUAUUCAGAUGUUUGACAUUUGAAAAUGAUUCGGUUUGUGAAAUGAUUGGAAAUAUAUGGUUUGUAUUAAACCUUAUUGCAGUAACCAUGGUGCCAUUUAAGUCGAAAAUGUUGUCCUUUAUUACCAUGUCAAUAAUUUGGGCAGCAUCAAUUACACUCUCUAUAACAGUGUUGGUGUUAUCAUUGCCGAAAUGUUCGAGCUUGCAUCGAUUUAUAUCAGACUUAAUAAUCAUUAUUCCAGUCAUCAUACAUACAACUUUCCAGGCGAUAAAUCAUAUUUUGUUGAUUUAUAAGAUAAUUCAUGGAGGUAGUCACAAUCAGUUCAACAAAUCUCUCAAACUAAUGUAUUCACAUUCAUGUAUAUGUCCAAUGUUAUCGGCUUUUAUUUAUAUCUUCUUAUGGCAUGACCCUAUAUUCAAUCAAGUAAUCCUAGAAGAAUUCAGUCUAAAUAUUUUAUUUGGCAUGUCUAUCAUUUGGUUGAUUUUAUUGUGUAUUAUUGUCUCAUGCUAUUGUGGUUCGUGUUUUUCGCCAAUCUCGUUAUUUUUAAUGAAAUUCAAACACUCGGCAAAAUGUGGAUGUAUUGAUAUUAAACAACAACAGCCAAAAGUCCAUAUUAUUUUAAUAAUGAAUAUUUAUACCGUUCCGGUCAUUAUUUCACUGGAAAAGUUUCCCGAACAUUUCAUCAUUUUAAUUUUGAUGUACAAUUUAUCUUUCGCGCAGGAAAGGUUUUUGAGCAUACAAACUCAACCAUACAAAUUAAAAGAGAAGACAGUAGAACAGAAUUCUCUCGAUCCCAAAAAUUGUAGUUGCGUCAAGGAGAAAUUAGACGCUUUCAUUGAGAGACAAAAAUAUACAUUAUAUAUACUUAUGAUUUCUACGGUUUUUCUGUCUCUUAUUAUUGAGAUAGAAUAUUGGGAGUUAUACGAAAUGAAAAAACAUGCAGAAGUAAUAUUAAACAUUGCGUGUGCAUCAGUAAUCCUGUCGUGUUCUAUUCAGAUGUGGCGACACAAAAAGUUCGCAGGGGAUAUUUUUAUUAUUAUAUUUUUUGCCUGGCUCAUUGUAAUUUGAAUGCUAGAAUGAUUCUAUCGAAGAUAUCAAAAAACAUUUUUAGCAAUAAAAUAGACAGUAACAUAAGUUUAAAGAAAAUUGGAGUAAAAAAAUAAAUGAAAGAAUAGUUUUAACAAACAACUACAACUCGAUUUACGUAAAUACUAAUAUCAAUUGAUUUAUUUCACUCUUUGAAAUAGAUUGAUACGGUUUGGAGUUGGAUUAUCGCACCCUUUUAAAAGCAUCCAAAUAUGUAUAUAUUUUGUAAAACGCCUCUUGCUUGAUUGAUAAGUUUAAUAACCGAAGUGUAUUUUUUCUACAUUUUAUUGAUAUAAAUCGAAAUAAAAAUACAAAAAAUUCAUUGUAAUUCGAAAAUA